AUGGAACGGGUCAGAUUUGUUGUUCAGAAAGAUACUCAAUGUGCUGAUACGUCUGUCUAUGGACAAUGUAUAGUUGUUGACGAGAUAAAAAAUUAUAUUGAUGGGCGUUUUCUCUGUCCCCAUGACGCUGCAUGGCGGAUACUUGAUUUUCCUAUUCAUGAGCGUGAUCCCCCUAUUAUUAUUCUUCCUGUCCAUUUGCCGAAUAUGCAGUCGGUAUUCUUUAAAGAAAAUACUCAAAUCAAAGAGGUAGUCGAAAAUCCCACCUUUGGUAGUAGUUUGUUGUUAGGUUGGUUUGAAAAGAAUAGAUGGGAUUCAAUCGGUCGCGAACUUACAUACGCCUCUUACCCCACGAAAUAUUGGUGGGAUGACAGGGAAAAAUGUUGGAAAAGAAGAAGGCGUUCAAACUCCCGUGCACUUGGUAGACUUAUAUUUGUCCACCCAACUGGUGGAGAGUUGUUUUUCUUGAGGAUGUUGCUGUCCCACCAAAAAGGUUGUAAGUCAUAUGAAGAGCUUCGCACUGUGUCAGAUCUUCGAAUAUUGCGAAUGAGGACUCCACAAGUAAGGACUCAGGAAACAUGGUUCUUAGCUGUUGAUACAAAUGGUGAUGCUGUUCAAAUUUUGGGUCAGCGAAAAGACCAAGGAUAUUUACAAUCUGUCCUAAUUCCCAGUAAAUGCUAUACGAUUGAAAAAUAUGCAUGCGGAAUUCCAGACCGAUAUCAGAAAUGGCUGGAUAAUGAGGUCUACAUAGCUGCUGGAAUGGCAUCAUCAAUUACAUCUAUCCAAGACACACAUACAAUUCCUGCAUGCUGGUUUACUUUCAUAACUAAAAAACAAAUCGCAAAUUACGUGGAUCGACAUGCAGAUUUUAUUGGUGUCUUCAGCAAACUUAUUAGGUGUACGAAGAAAAACAAAGAACCAUAUCUAUUACUAAUAUUAAAGAAUGAAUUAGGCGAGGAUAUUGCAAUAAGCUUAUGGAAAGAAUGCACGAACAUACCUUCAAAGUUUGAUGUUGUUGGUUUGGAAAAUACUGUUGCUCCCGUUGUUGUUGCGAUAACUAGUAUAAAGAUUUCAACCUAUGAUGGUUCCCUAAGACAUGGAAUAAGCAGUGCAAGUCACCUAUACAUCAAUCCACCAAUUCCAGAAACACCGCUUCUAACGGACAGUUUUCGUACGUUUAGUGACUCCUCUAUAUUUUUCGACAUCCCAACACCAUUAGGAGACAUAUUACAAAGAGGUCAUCCUAAACUCCUGAACAAAAGUUUCACUACAAAAGCUGUCAUAACUGCGUAUGUAUUUUCUGAUUGUUGGUACCAAGUUCAAUGUCCAAAUUGCAAGAUCCCAGCUUUUAAACAGGGGAAAAGUUGGUUCUGUCCUUCAGAUGGUAUAAUCAAUGCACCAACUAUAACGUUCAAGCUUAGUGCAACACUUACAGACGAAAAUAAUUCUAUAGUUGCUCUGCUCUCCGAUAACGCAACACAAGACUUAUUCGGUUCUACAGCUGAUAAACUUAUACCAGACGAUGACAUAAACUGUAGAGGACAACUACCUGCAAUUGCCACUACUGUACAAGGAAUAGCCAAAAAAAUGAAACUUCGUAUCACAAACACAUCGACAGAUACGAACAUUCGCUUUAUGAUUACAGAUAUCGAAAAAAGUAACCCACAGGAAACAGCAUACCCAACAACACCAGCACCACAUCAUCGAUCUCCAUCAAAAGACAGCGAGAAAGACUGUUCUUCAGUUCCUCAACACAGUAGAGCAAACGUCAAAAGGGAAAUCGGUGAUAUACUUGAAGCAAUCCAAUCUCGACUAGAAGAGAGUUUCCGCAUCGACGAAAAUAUCGUAUUAUACAUAGCGAAUCACCCCGACGAUGUAGAUGUUCAAACACUGCAUAACAUCUUUGAGAAAGCAAAAACAGAAGAUCAGUCCAUACAGGACAACGUCUCCUUCAUGUUGGGAACAAUCCACAAAAGAAUUGGCAAGUACAAACGUGGCAUGAAAGACACACCCUCCGACUGA